GCUACCAGAUGCCGAAUCGGAGUUUACUGCUAUCCGAUAGUACUUUAGGGGAAACUCUGGCAGCACUGUGCUAUGUGCCAUCGCUAACAGCGUGUUUUUCGUUUUCCGCCGAAAUGGAAGCCGGUGUUUUUGGAUUUAUUUUGCUGCUUUUAGUAAAAGACAUCGUUGUAAAUGGAGCCAGGCUCAAUCAUCCGCGUGUUUUGCUGCCCAUUUUCCAGGGAAAGGCCGUAAACUUUACCCUAGAGGUUGACGAGCAAAACUGUUACAAAUGGACUUCUUCGCGUCAGGACCUGAUAUCUGUGAUGCCAGUUUACCAUGGCUUUAGCGAAUGUGCUUACCAAGCGGUGGUUACGGUGCGUACUAAUGAUCGUCGUCGCAACACUGCCAUCGUCUUCGCUGAAGAAGAACAGACUGGGGAGACACUGCGCUGUGACGUGAUAGUAGACGUAAUAGCUAGCCUUAAUGUUCGAACCGCUACCCGACAGCUGUACUUGGAGGAGGCUCCAGCCAUGUUUGAGCUGCACGCAUUCGAUGAGCAGGGAAACGAAUUUUUUACGCUAGAAGGCAUUGAGUUCGUAUGGGAGAUAUCAGAGCCGGGAGGUAACAAGCCCGCCGCUAUGCGUCACCUCACUUUUACGGAUAGUCCGUAUCACACGGUGCCCCCUGCUCUAGAAAGUUUUGAAGCAAAAGGAAUCAUGGGAUACAUGAUUCUUUUGGAAGGAAUCAACACAGGUACCUCCAAGGUGACCAUCAGCAUGCCUCAAACUGAUUACAUUCACGUCCCACCUAUCGAGGUGUAUAUAAGUGUGCUAGCCAACAUUAUUAUCGAGCCAUCUGAAGUCACAAUCCUGGCUGGAGAUUCAAUAACAUUUCGCAUUAUGCAGCUUAAAAUGGAUCGUUUGUACGAUAUUACUGAUAGCCAGCAAUAUUAUUUGGAGAUAGAAGAUGCUAAUAUAGCAUACAUGCGAGGUAGCAGUGCUACGGGAGGCGCAUUGGGUCGAACUCAAGUCAUACUACGGGACCGUAACAUGGCAGACUUUGACAAGGCCACCAAGGGUCCCACUGCACUUUUAACAGUCGCAGAACCUAGCAGAUUAGGCAUAAGUUUGCUGCCACAUCUUAACUGGAUUACUGUGCAAGGAGAGCGGCACACGGUCGCAUUGGACUUGUUUACUGCUGAUGGACAGCAAAUUACUUUAGGAACUAGUUACUCCAUUGGCUCAGAACUGGACGAAUCUAUAUUUACCGUCCGACAGCGUACCCGAAACGGUAGCCGCCUUUUUGGCGAAGCUACGAAGGAGGGUGUCAGCCAGGUGUAUGGCUCAUACAAAGACCUUUCUAUACAAGCGGAGCUGCAGAUAUAUGAGAGCUUGAAACUCACACCAUCGGUAGUUGUCCUUCCAUAUGAUCCAAGCAGCAUUAAACCAUUAAAGUUGCAAUUCCAUGCAUCAGGCGGCGACUACAACUAUGCCUGGUUUUCAGGCAAUCCACAAGUGCUACAAAUUGACGCUCAAGGCUUAGCGACUGCUGAGAUUCGUGACGUGCGACCAUCAUUUUUAACCCAGGAAAUGUUUGAGGCUGGCAAUAAACUGACUGCCCAGACCACAGUUAAAGUUACACUUGCAAAGAAUCAAAAAAUUGCACGCUUGGCCCAAAUACACUUCCUUCCGCCUAAGCGCCUUGAGAUCAAGAAGUACAAUUUCGAAACGGCCAUUGAGGACUAUAUAUUCUUGCAUGUAGCCAUGUAUACUCGGGUUAACCAUUCUGAUGUGCCAUAUACAAAUUGUGACAACCUUCAUUUCCAACUGGUCUUUAGCCAUCCAAUUUUACAACAUGAGAAUAAUGGAGAAACGGCUGACCCAGCUUCAGAUGUCUGCCAUGUGCUCCGUUUACGUGCCACAUCUGUGGGUAGCACCUCACUCCGUGUCUCGUAUUUCUUCCAGGAUAAGGAGCUGUACGACACUGUCGACCUUUAUGUCUUUGAAAAACUAUCGGUUCUGAAUCCUGUGGAGAACGAAGUGGUACUUCCUGUUGGUUCGUCGCAUAACGUACUAUUCACGCACGGGCCAGAACACAUUUUUACAUUGGAGGCUAAGCUAACUAAGACCACAGUAUUCGACAAAAAUGUGAUUAAAGUAUCAGAGGUGGAGGAAACUCAGAACUUUGUGACCGCAUUUACUGUAUUAUGCCAUAAACUGGGAGAAGCAGAAUUUAUCUAUCGAGUUCAAAACACCUUAAUGAAGCCAAGCUUUGUUGCCUACACAUCACAGCUUACCACCAAGGUUCGAUGUGUACGCCCACGUUUUUUGAAGCUUCUUGCGCGCCAGCAACUCCUGGAAUCUUGCCCUCUGGAACAUCGUUCAUCUUUCCUAUACUUGAAAGACCACGGAAACAAAUUCGAGAUCGAAAUCGAAGUCCAAGAUGCCAAGAAUCGAAGACUAAUGAAUAUUAGCUCUCUUUUGAUAGAUUGGGAAUUUGCCGCUGGCGAUGAAAAGUAUCAGAGAGAUGGUAUUGAACACACAGAAAUAUCGGAACUCAAUUCUCUUCAUGGUGUAAUCCUUCCGAGUCGUGACAUUCUUGUACUGACCAUUGGCGAGAUUGCAUCUAAUUUCCGUGUUAAAGGCACUGUAGCGCAUUAUAAGGAUAAGCUUCUGUCUCAACUAGAUAUCACUGCAGAGCGACCACCAUUUGGCGUUAAGGAUCCAAAAACAGGGUUGACAAGCACACCUGUUAUCGAGAACGAGGUCCGAUUUCACACAAUUAACAGAACUCUGCUGUCAAAGGAUUUUGUGAGCAUUUUUCUUGCCAAAGACUACAACGAGCGAAUUCCCAUAGCCCAAGGAAGUGGCCAUUUUCACCUUGAGCUUUCCGAGCAGGGAAUCGUGAAGGCAAACUACGAUGCGCAAUCCCGAAUAUUAGUUCUGACGCCGUUACAUCUUGGCCAUGUGCGUCUUCAGUUAACCGAUAACUGCCUGACAAACGAAGCCAGUCACUUAUCCAUUUCCGUAGUUGGCAUCGGAGCAAUCAAGGUUAUUAGCAUGGAACGAGUAGAGCGCUCCGCUCGCAUAGAAGCAAUAGUCCGACUUUAUGACACCAAUGACAACCUGUUGUUGAUUGAUCACAGCAGACUGAGUAUAUACGAUCUUUCGGAGUUGGUGAUGGACCCAAGUGUGCUCAGUGUACGACUUGGAGACCAAGACCACUUAGGGACUGGAGAAAUACGAUAUUUUAUUCAUGGAAAUAACGUUGGAGACACUAAAGUUGUUUUUCAAUCUGGCAACGGCGACCAGACGGUGCUAAGUGAACCGCUGAAUGUUCAAGUUUUUUCUCCGAUUCGACUGUAUCCACGAGAUUUCACUUUAGUGGUGGGAAGCAGUAUUCAAAUCAGUUACCAGGGUGGUCCGCAGCCAAAUUCGAAUGUAAUAUAUUUUAUCGAAAAGGAAAAUGUUGCAACUAUGAGCUCGACUUCAGUAACUGCUCUACGCUUAGGAUCCAGUCAGAUUACUGGCAAAUGCAUUCAAAGGAACCCUGUCACAGGCAAAGACGAGGUCAUAUCCGAGGAUACUGUGUCACUUCAUGUCGUUUCCUUAAAAGCAAUUCAAAUCCGCGUGCCUCUUGUCCAUAUUCGAAUUGGUGCAGUUAUGCCGGCCACCAUUUGGGGGAUUCCCGAUCUGUCGCCUAUGGUGUUGGGAACUCUUCAAGGCAUGCAGAUUUCCUGGUCUGUCAACCAACGUGAGGUCGUAGAGAUAUUCAACGUCUUUUCGGAAGCAGGGAUCGAGUACAAAAAUGAAGACUUAAUUUCGGUUCGAAUACGAGCCUUGAACUCUGGCAGGGUCACAGUCACGGCAAGCGUGUCUUUGGCAGAUGGAACAAAGCUGCCUCCAGCACGGGUGGAGGUAAUGGUUUUCAAAAGACUGGAGCUGGUUGCACCCAAACCAAUCAAAAUAGACUCUAUUUUGGCGGCACCGCGGAGUACGCUUCAGCUGAAAGCUAAUAUGGACGAUGUGGUUUACAAGUUGGCUGGUCAAAGUAACAAUAUUGUUAGCAUUUCGCCAAAUGGCCUUUUGCACACAAAAGACACCCUCGGACGAGAUCUGAUUAUUGCGAAAACAGUGGACCAAACGCUACCCAUUGACAUAGAAGUAAAAAACGUCGAAUAUAUUUUGGUGUCGUUGAUACCGGCUAUCAAACUAAAAACAAUUGACCACAAGGUUCCACGGGGCAUGAACUUCAUAUUCAAGGUUUCGUUGCAUGACAAUCUGGGAACUGAGUUCUCAGAGACCAUUGGGGAUGGAAACGAGCUUUACUAUGAGCUAGCCACCACAGACAUGGUCGAUGUGCAAAUAAAUAAUAAUUUUUCAAUAGCGAUAAACCUUUACCGGGAAACUAAUAAUGUGAUUACCAUCGGCCUUCGGGACUCGGCUGGAGUAAAACACGCGGAGGACUACAUCAAACUGGCAGUGGUUGAGUCUAAGGCUAUUUAUCCCACAAAGACUAUUUUCUCAGUGGGCGAUGUUAUUUGCUUCAGUUCACCUCUAAUGCUUUCAUCGAUUUGGAGCAGUUCAAAUGAGCAGAUUGUGACGAUAAACAAACACUCAGGCGUUGCACGCGUAUUACAAUAUAGGCAAAGUGCUGGAGAAAAAAUUAUUAUAACCACCGGAGACGCGGCCAGUCGAGGCGGAUUUAUAAAGUAUGAUUUGGAAAUCCGAGAGUCAGAUGUGAUUCUUUUCGCCAAGUCACUGGACAUAUUCAGUGGAUCAGAAUAUGUGGGACGACUGGUUCUUCGCAACCAUGUGCAAGCUGAUAAGUACAGCAACCUGAUUGCCCUUAACAUGUCAAAGUGCGCCACACAAUUGGAAAGCACGCCUGUGGAUAUUUUCACUUGUCGCUUGGGGGCUAAAAAUGCACUCGGUCGCCAAUUACUGAAGUUUUACAAAGUGGAGGCAUGGUUCGAUUCUACUUCUGGGCAGUAUAGCUGUCGAUUGGUGCUAGUGUCAAAUUUCGUUGAACUGUUGGCCCUUGUCAAGACUAAAGAUGUGUUCUUGGAGCUGGAGGCUGCAACAUCUGGCGGAAUUGUUGACACAAUGUCGUUGAAACUCGUGCCUGGAAUUAAAGUGUCACCCGAAAGUAUACGGAUAGCUGACUUAAAGUCGCAGGAAAUGCAUAUUAGUGGUCUAGAUAAGGCACUGCACAAAGUUCAGGUAAAACCAUCCGAUCCCAAGUACUUUUCUAUUGACCUCAUAGAGCACGGGCAUGGCGUGAGCAAGUUCCGACUUAAAUUUUUCGAUGACUUUCCGCUGGAUGAGCAUUUUUAUGCACUGGUAAUAUCCCCGGAGACAGAACAACGAAUUGAGGUGCCAAUAGUGGGCAGUACAAUGAUACAAAAAUGCUCUGGAAGUUCGUAUGGCGGACCAGUUAUUUAUCGAUUGUUAGAGAACCUGGGAUUUGUACUAACUACGACAGUGAUUGUCAUAAUUUCUAUAUGGGUGUAUAUGUCUUGCUUCCAAACGCAGGGAGUCACGCAAGUCAACUCUGAGGUAUUCCAGAGCAAGAAAUCGAUGCCAUCCUUCAGCGGCUCGCCCAUAUCAAAACUGAACGAAGAUUCUUUCGCCAACGCAUCGAGUUCCCGCAACUAUUCGCAAGAACGACGACGCAAUUUUUCUGAUUCACCAAACGACACUUAUGUGUACGGCCAUCCGCGGUUAAACUCCCCAAAUAGAUCAGGCAGCUCGCAACGCUUUAAUUAACGGCUCGAUGCAACUGGAAGCUGGCUACUGGGCUUCUAAAACGUACCUCAAGAAUAGUUAAGGCUGUAAAUAAUUAAGUAUGAGUUUCCUAUUCAUUUUGUAUACUAUCUUAGUACAUUUUUUCAGUAACGUUUAGUAAUUCAUGUAUCGUUAUUAUUAUUAGAUGGAAAAACUUUAACUGCCAAUGCAUAUUUAUACUCAUAUAAUAAGGUCAGACUUAAUUAAAUCUAAAUACUUUGUAUUGUAUUUUUCAAAAGAAGUAUAUAAGAACCAUAUUCGCUUUUGUCAUGAUGUUAAUUUGUAAUAAAUAAAAAAGAAAAUACAAGC